CCGGGGGUGGUGCGGGGUAGACCGACGGGCUUUGCAGCCAGUCAGCGACGGGUGAAGGGCCAGGUGCCCGGCGGUGCGACUUCCGGUUCCGGCGGGGCACUGAGCUCUAGGAGGCUCGCUGCGAUGCCCUUGCACAGGGUCCCGGUGGGCCUGUGGAAGAAGCUCCGCUUGCGUGAAGGCAUCUGCUCCCGCCUUCCCUCGCAUUACUUGCGCUCCUUGGAGGUGGAACGGACGCCCACUCCCGUGCACUACCGGCCACACGGGGCUAAGUUCAAGAUCAACCCAAAGAACGGGCAACGGGAGCGCCUGGAGGACGUGCCCAUUCCCAUUCACUACCCUCCGGAGUCCCAGCUAGGGCUCUGGGGCGGCGAGGGCUGGAUUCUGGGUCACAGAUAUGUCAACAACGACAAGCUCUCCAAGAAGGUGAAGAAGGUGUGGAAGCCACAGCUGUUCCAGCGCGAGCUCUACAGUGAGAUCCUGGACACCAAGUUCACCGUGACCGUGACCAUGCGCACCCUGGACCUCAUCGAUGAGGCCUAUGGGUUUGACUUCUACAUCCUCAAGACCCCAAAGGAGGACCUGUGCUCCAAGUUCGGGAUGGACCUGAAACGAGGGAUGCUUCUGCGGCUCGCCCAACAGGAUCCCCAGCUGCACCCAGACGACCCUGACAGGAGGGCGGCCAUCUAUGACAAGUACAAGGCCUUUGUCAUUCCGGAGGCGGAGGCUGAGUGGGUCGGUCUGACUCUCGACGAGGCUGUGGAGAAGCAGAGGCUGCUAGAGGAGAAGGACCCCGUCCCUCUGUUCAAGGUCUACGUGGAGGAGCUGAUCGAGCAGCUUCAGCAGCAGGCCCUGUCUGAGCCGGCAGUGAUGCAGAAGAGAGCCAGUGGGCAGUAACCACACAGAGGCCUGGGCCUCACAGUUGGGCUCAGCACCUCCACCCCCUUUGACACAAUGGACAGAGCCUGGGGCAGUGGCGGGGGCCACCAUGGGCAGUGGGUGAACCCAUUGUUGUGUGUGCUGGCCACGCAGCUCCCGGGUGUCAUGGGCUUUGUGGAGGCCCCAAGAGGCCUCUUGUCUCAGGAUCCCCAGAGGCCUGAGGCCCUCUCGCUGCCUCUGUGGUCUCCUCCCCUUCCCCCAUAGUGGAGGCCCUGCUGAGGCCGGUCACCACCCUUGGGGGACAGCGUAAGUAAAAUCUGAGCCAGGC